AAAAUAAACAUAUCAAGGAUUAUCUCCAGCAGGAAAAACAGCUGCAACUAAAGGGGCAGCAAUGCAAAAGCCCAGGAGUCCGGAGUCAGACCUCUGAGAUUUGUGAAGAGCUAAGUGAGUUGUACGUGGAUAAACAAUUGAAGGCUGAGCUGCCGCCAACACCAUCACCACUACUGCUAGGGCAAAAAGAGCUUGAUGAAAACAGUCUCUCUGAAGGCAGCACAGUAGAUUUGGGAAAUUCUGCAGAGCUACUGGAACAGAUCCCCGAGCUGGCUGAUGAUUUAAUGGAACCUGAGAACUGUUUUCCAGAAGUCUGUGUCCGAUUCUUCCCUUGCUGUUCAGUGGACACCACAACAUUUUCAGGCAAAAUUUGGUGGAGGCUGAGGAAAACCUGCUACAGAAUAGUUGAACACAACUGGUUUGAAACUUUCAUCAUAUUCAUGAUCCUGCUGAGCAGCGGCACGCUGGCAUUUGAAGAUAUUUACCUUGAAGAGAGAAAAAACAUUAAAACCCUGUUGGAAUAUGCUGACAAAAUUUUCACUUACAUCUUUGUCCUGGAGAUGUUUCUGAAAUGGGUGGCUUAUGGCUUCAAGAAAUAUUUCACCAAUGCCUGGUGUUGGCUCGAAUUCCUAAUUGUAGAUGUCUCUUUAAUAAGCCUCAUAGCUAACUCACUUGGAAGUUCCGAAAUAGACACCAUGAAAUCCCUUAGGACUCUCCGAGCUUUGAGACCAUUAAGAGCAUUGUCACGAUUUGAAGGGAUGAGGGUGGUUGUGAAUGCCCUGUUAGGCGCCAUCCCUUCCAUCAUGAACGUUCUCCUCGUCUGCCUCAUUUUCUGGCUCAUUUUUAGCAUCAUGGGAGUGAACCUGUUUGCAGGAAAGUUUGGAAAAUGCAUUAACAAGACAGCAGGAGAUAUGCCUUUAGACUCUAAAGUUAUUAAUAACAUGAGUGAGUGCAUAAUCUAUAACGUGACAGGCAAUUUUUACUGGACAAAAGUUAAAGUCAACUUUGAUAACGUUGGUGCUGGUUACCUGGCUCUUCUACAGGUGGCAACAUUUAAAGGUUGGACGGAUAUUAUGUAUGCAGCAGUAGAUUCACGAGGGUGUGAGGAGCAACCUGAAUGGGAAUAUAAUUUAUACAUGUACCUCUACUUUGUGAUUUUCAUCAUCUUCGGGUCUUUCUUCACAUUGAAUCUCUUUGUCGGUGUCAUUAUUGACAAUUUUAACCAACAAAAGAAAAAGUUAGGUGGGCAAGACAUCUUUAUGACAGAGGAACAGAAAAAGUAUUACAAUGCGAUGAAAAAACUGGGCUCCAAGAAACCCCAAAAACCCAUCCCAAGGCCACUGAACAAAUACCAAGGUUUUAUCUUUGAUAUAGUCUCAAAACAAGCCUUUGAUGUCUCCAUCAUGAUUCUCAUCUGCCUUAACAUGGUCACCAUGAUGGUGGAAACGGAUGACCAGAGUCUAGAAAAAGUGAACAUCCUUCAUAAAAUCAACGUGCUCUUUGUUGCCAUCUUCACAGCAGAGUGUGGCAUCAAAAUGUUGGCUUUAAGACACUAUUAUUUCACCAAUGGCUGGAACAUAUUUGAUUUUGUUGUUGUGAUUCUAUCCAUUGUGGGUACCGUGCUUUCUGACAUCAUUCAAAAAUAUUUUUUCUCUCCUACACUCUUCAGAGUCAUUCGCUUGGCUCGGAUUGGCCGAGUCCUAAGACUUAUACGGGGAGCCAAAGGAAUUAGAACUCUCCUUUUUGCCUUAAUGAUGUCCCUUCCUGCUCUGUUCAACAUUGGUCUCCUCCUUUUUCUGGUCAUGUUUAUUUAUGCCAUUUUUGGAAUGGCUAAUUUUGCCUAUGUUAAAAAGGAGCAUGGGAUUGAUGACAUGUUCAACUUCCAAACCUUCGCUAACAGCAUGCUCUGUCUUUUCCAAAUUACAACCUCUGCUGGCUGGGACGCUCUUCUCAAUCCUAUUUUAAACACUGGCCCGCCAUAUUGUGAUCCGAACCUAAAAAAUGCAAAUGGUUCAAAGGGAGACUGUGGAAGCCCUGCUGUAGGGAUUCUAUUCUUCGUUACUUAUAUCAUUAUAUCAUUUCUCAUUGUUGUAAACAUGUACAUAGCCAUUAUUUUAGAGAACUUCAGCGUAGCCACUGAGGAAAGUACAGAGCCUCUAGGUGAAGAUGACUUUGAUAUGUUUUAUGAAGUCUGGGAGAAAUUUGAUCCUGAGGCAACUCAGUUUAUUGAGUAUUCGGCACUUUCAGACUUUGCAGAUGCUCUGGCAGAACCUUUACGCAUAGCAAAACCAAACAAAAUUAAACUCAUAGCCAUGGACCUUCCCAUGGUCAGUGGAGAUAGGAUCCACUGUUUGGAUAUUUUAUUUGCUUUUACCAAACGGGUACUAGGAGAAACUGGGGAAAUGGAUGCCCUUAAAAUACAGAUGGAGGAAAAGUUUAUGGCUGCCAAUCCAUCUAAAAUUUCUUAUGAACCAAUCACAACCACAAUCAGACACAAACAAGAGGAAGUUUCUGCCAUUAUUAUCCAGAGGGCCUACAGGAGUCAUUUGUUUCAACGCUCCUUGAAGCAGGCCUCUUUCUUAUACCGUCACCAGGCUUGUGGUGGCAACAUGCUUGAAGUUGAGGCACCUGAGAAAGAAGGUCUUAUUGCAUUCAUGAUGAAUGAAAAUUAUGGUAGGCCAAUAGACAAAUCAGAAACUGUGUCUUCAACAUCUUUCCCUCCAUCCUAUGACAGUGUCACCAGAGCCACUAGUGACAACCUCCAGCUAAAGGUGACAGACUCUAGCAAAAGUGAUGAACCAGUAGAUUAUCUGCUAUCUCCAGACAGAGAUAAAGAAUCAAUUGUCUAAAUGUUUGUUUAGAAUGCUUUAAAAUAUUGUUCCCAGCAUGUAAUGACGUAAAUAUACAGCAAUCAAAGCAGCUUUCUUAUUAAACAUUAGUUGCAAAAGAAACAGUGGAGUUUUUACCCUUAACUAUGGGAGUCGAUAAGUUAUAACCUUUGACCCUGCUCUUUUCACCAUUGCUCAAUGUUUAUGUAUGUAUAGGAAGAAUCUGUGCAGGGUCAUAGCUGUUAUAUCAGUGCUGUGAUUAUGAAUAUGCUAGACUGUAAAACAGUAAACACAGUGUAUAUAUAUAUCCACAGAUAAAGCCAGGCUGUAAACAUUCAUUUAAGAUCUUACUCAUAUUAGUGUGUUUACUUAUGGCAAUGUAUGACCUUGCAUUCUAAAAAGAAAAAAAAAAUAUCACAGCUGCUGUAGCAAAAUGUAACACUUGCUGUAUAUGUUGUGAAUGGUCUUUCAUAAAUUUAUUAUAUUUGAUAUUUUUUUACUUAAAUCAAAUAACUGUCUCUUUUUCCAUGGAGAUAGAUGGUCCUUACACCCGACAUGAUAAACUCUGAACCAAGGUAACAAUAAUUGGUGGGACUCCCAUCAUUCACAGAGGAAAGUUGUUGCAAAAUAAAAUAUUUAAUCAACAACAUAUAUGACCUCCCCUUUGGGACAUGUAACUGCUUGUCAUCAGUAAUAAAAAAAAAUGAGGAGGAAAAAAGUGAUGUCAAAUAAUGAGAGAAAUGGUUUGUUCUACCCUCCAGGAAAUCAGACAGUAAUGGAUGCUGCUUGUAAAACUAUUAAUAAAAAUACUAAUUUUUUAGUAUGUUUCAAGAAUAUGCUUUGCUUGUUGUAAUCAAACUCUCUUAUGUAAUCUGAUGUAAAGUGCCCCAAAGCACUAAGUAUCCAGAUAGAUUUUCUGUUGAGUGAGUGGGAUAGGAUGUUUUCUCCAAUGACAUGGAGCUAAGCAUGUUUACUGCAAGCUCUAUGCAUCAAUAUUACUCUCUAAUGCUUUGAUGCAGGUUGUGCAGUGUGGGAGGAUUGUUACAGUGUUAUCAAUGGGGUGGGAGGGUCUGUACAAAAGUUCUGAUAUAUAGAAUCCCUUCUUGGUUUCUAUUUUGCACACUGUUGGAGGCUGUGUUUAGAUUACUGGGGAACCUUCCUUUUUGCAGGCAGGCAGAGGAAUAUUUGCAUGUGAAACACCAGUCUCAGGCCAAACAUGUAACAGCAAUGGGGUCCCAUUAUAAGUGCUUUAGGAGCAGACAUUUUUAGUGGUUUUAUAAUGUAAAAAAAUGUAAUUUAUUAUCAACCUUCCAGCUUUGGCAAAAUGUGAGGAAGUGUCUAUAUGAAAUAUAAAGCGACAAGUCCAUGAUUACAGAAACGUCCUCUCUUUGUUACUUUCAGAUAUGAUGGUACUUGAGUUUGGUGGGUCUUCAUGGGAGGUCUUGCCUGAGAAGUCUGUAAUGAGCGAUUGCACCACAAGGAAUAGUAGACAUGUUUUUCACCUUGCAGAAAAAGAAUUAUCAAGCAUGUAUUUAAGGUGUAUUGUAGUUGACAUUUAGUUACAUUCUGGAUUAUAAAGGUGUCAAAAUCCACAUGGGGUUGUUACUGAGAAUCUUAGCUAUCCAGCCACAAGACUAUAUUACAAUGAAAUUUUCCUGUGACCACAUCAUGUGUUGACAAAAUGAGUCAGAAUAUGUGAAGAAAACACAUAAGAUAAUAUGACUACAUAUA